GCCUGGGCAGCGGAACACAGCGGGGUGCGCGGGACGUGUUCGAGGGCGCUGAGGAGCGCGGGGCAUGCCGGUAGCCUUGGCCUAGGGCGCUGAGGAGCGCCGGGUGUGCUGCCUGGUUGCUGAGACUCAGUCAACUGAAAAACAUGAAUGAUUCUAGGCAGCAGUCACUGUUCUUCAUCACUCUUCCAGAUUUACAGAAACUUUGUGCUAUCAGGAUAAUACUGAGUAAUGAUGUGGCAGAUACUGAGAUUAGGAGUACACAAAUGAAGAUGUGCAGGCAAUUGCUGUUUCUGCACCAAGAUAUUCUUACAUCACCUGUGCCUGGAAUAUUAAACCAAAUUUGGGUGGUGAUGGCGAUACCCUUUUAUAAAGCUGGAAAACUUAAUGCCUAUCUCAAAAAAUAUGGAGCUAAGGCAGAGGCUCCACAAAGAGUAAUUCCUGUCAUUCUUCAAAAUUGCCUCUCCUAUUCACUCACUGCUAGACUCGCUCCAUCCUGGAACAAAACUGGUCAUCUCUUGGUUCAAGGAAGAGACUUUCUUUCUCAGAUGGGAAAGCAAAAUGCUGUUGUAUUAGAUAUCAAUGUAACAGAAACUCAAGUUUGUCUGAGUAUAGAGGCUUGCACAGUUAGACUGCCACCACCUGAGCUAAAAGAAUUUGAUAUUUCUGAGAGUAUUAUAAAGGAAUUUGAUAUUAACAAGAAUGCUGUUAUUGAGAGACAUUCCAUUUUAAGCAACUGGUGCUACGUUUUGCCAAGUAUGAAAAUGGGACAAAUAAUAAAUAUUCUUCACACAACCCCCCCUGACUGUCCUUUUCAUUCAUAUGAAGAUAUCCAGAUGCACUGGGAUGCCCUGUAUGGCUAUAAACUUCCAGAAGAUUGUGGAAAUAUUAAAAUAAACUGCAGCAUCUAUUUCAGGAUGAUAGGAGAAAGGGUCUUCACAUACCCUCUCAGUUGCAUCAGAAGCCAGCCCAUACAGUUCUUUCCUAGGGUAGAUUUGGAAGAUGUGUUGAAAAGUUUUCUUUCAGUUUUGAAAUCUAAACUUCCACAUAUAUGUGGAUUUUCCAUAAGGAUGACAAACAAACCAUGCUACUACACACAAGAACUGGCUAAACCUUAUAUACAGAUAAACAAAGUCAAGCCACCUAAUUUGACCACUAAAAAAGUAGUCAGAGCUUCUCUGACUCCAACCACUCCCAUAAAACCUGCUUUGGUUCAGAGUCUUCUACCACAUUCAGUAGCAGUGGACCACAAGGUGGAGCUUUCAGCCAGCCAAUCAAAGUCAUGCAUUUUUCCAACUCAGCAUCCCCAGUCAGAAUCUGUUGAAGGUAGAAAGAAAUCACUGUCUAACAAGGUACCACAAGUACAUUUGGAAGUAUCAAAAUCCAACAGAAGAAAUACUCAAGUUCAAGACACAAAUCUUCACUCCCAAAGUAAAAUCACCCCUAAAUUCAUACCAGUUUUCAAAAAUAGAUUGUUACAGAUGAACAAAAAUAUCUCAGAAUUUGAUAACCUGAGAAGAAGACAGCAUAUUGUUACAGAAUGUAGGCUGUCUUCACCUAAAAAUAAAAUGAUCCAAGGUAACAAACUGAAUUUAAGUACAGUUGUAAAAGAAAGACCUAAUAGUAACAUUCAGAUGCAUGCUGGAAAUUUAAAUCAGAAGAGUUCCCGGCCUCUUCAAGGAAAAAAUAUUGAGUCCUGUGCAAAAAUGACAAAAUAUUCCCCUUCUAAUGGAAAAUCAUUUAUUGUGCAUUUAAAUGAAAGUAAACAACCCUUUGAUAAUUCAAUAUUUCAGAUGUCAGAUAAUUCAAGUGUAAUAAAAAGUGUUGUUGACUUCCAAGUGAAUGGGAAAGAAAAAUUAUCAAGCAAAUAUAUAAUGCAAACUUCACAGAAAGGUCAAGAGUCACUAAAACGGAAAAGACACCUGCACAUUUUUGAAUCAGACACAGAAACAGAAGAUCCCCAACUACUACAGCAACAACCAGCAAAUCAAACUGAAGAUGAUGUGAGUGUCCACCGAUUGACAAUAAACAGAACAGCCCACAAGUCUAAAAGAAAAUUAUGUCAAGAAUCUUCAAAAACUUCAAAGAAGCAGCAUUCUGAUACUAUUCUUCAUUAUGGGCAAUGCAGUUCAACUAAGAACCAGAUAUAUGACUUGGAUAAAGCAAAACUUAAGAAAUCUCUCUUUAUUCCUAAAGCUUAUAAUAUGCAUCCCAGAGCCAGCGAGAAGCAAGGACACCUCUUACGGAAACAGGAGGCACGUUCCCCGCUGCCCCACCCUGGGGUCAGCGCAAAGACGGUGAACUGGCCCCAGCAGCACGGGUGGUUCCCAGUGACCUCUGCCUCCAGCUACUCCCGACCCACAGAAACAGUGAGAAAUGUGUUAGUGCCUUUGGUGCCAUCUGGUGACGGCAGCGGCUGUGCAGCCUUCCCGGCAGGUAGCUGCACCGUGUCUGCCUCGGAAGGAAAACAGGCCCGGAGGUGCCUGGCCAUCUUCCUCAGGCCAGUGGAGGAAGAAGUGCCCAUGAAGGAUAUGGAGAUAAGAGAUUAUCGAUCACCUCAGGAAACACUGUAUAGAACCCUGCCUUGUAAACUGGAGCUGGUGAUAAACAGUGAAGAAAUUAAGGAGCUGGUAGCUCGAGUUCCCGUGCGCGCUCCUAACAGCCUGUCAGGCCCCCACUGGCCUGGGGUGCGCGAGGGUGGGUAG